AUGUCUCUCCCGAAACCAACCAUUCUUCUUAUCCCUGGAGCCUGGCACCGGGGAAGCACUUUUGAACCAGUAGCAGCACUUCUACGGACACAGGGAUAUCCUGUGAAAACAAUUACACUAUUGUCUGUCGGUGGUCCAACAUCAACAACAGUCGCCGAUGAUGCCGCCUACAUCCAGAAAAGAUAUUUGGACGACCUGGUCUCCCAAGGGAAAAAAGUGGUUGUGGUCAUGCACUCCUACGGCGGUAUCCCUGGCACAGAAUCCGUCAAGGGCCGCACACGCAGAGACAUAGCUGCACAGGGUAAGAAGGGUGGAGUAGUUGCUCUCGUGUAUAUGGCAGCAUUUCUCAUAUCUGCGAGCCAAUCCGUCGAUUCGUCUCUUCCAGAGGGAGCAGCUUCAAUUAUGACCUUUGAAGGCGAAAAAUCAUACUGCAUCGAUCCAAUUCCCAAGUUCUAUAAUGAUCUUGACGAAGACACGGCUAAGAAGUAUGCUACUGAAUUGGUUUAUCACGCCAAACCGAGCUUCUUCACUCCACUCACCUAUGAGGCUUAUCGUGAGGUGCCAACUACGUAUCUCUUUUGCGAGAAAGAUGCAUGUUUUCCUUUGGCUGUGCAGCAAGCUAUGGCAGCGAUGCCCGGUGAUGGGCUAGUGCGGACACGUACUUGUGCUGGAAGCCACUCGGCUAUGCUCAGUAUGCCGGAGGCUGUUGCUGAUGUGAUACAGUCCACCGCGAGUGAGGUAGAGGUUGUAAACUAG